GUACGAGCCCGUUGUCGUCCGUUGCUAUUCCAGCGCGUUUCUCGUCCCGCUAUAGACUUCGACCUACACCAUUACCGUUCUCCCGCUCACCACACUCAUUUCGCGAGUCCAUCCGUCCGUUUAUUUCCAGUACAGCAAUCCAGUCAAUCAGACACUCAAUCACCAUGGCCGAUCCCAAACCCUCCUCCACGACCACGACCAGCACCCAACCCAAUACUCCUUCAACCUCCUCACCGACACCAACCAGUUCCAGUCCCAGUACUACAACCGACUUCCUCCCCAGCGACACCCUCUCGGCGCGCUUCAAAAACUUCUACCGCAUGGCGACCGGCAAAAUGUCCCCCGAAGGCGCCAAACAAUACUGGGAAGACGCCGACCGGCGCUACAGGGAGCUGGACUGCAAGCGAUGCGAACAGCAGCGCGAUUACUUGUUAAAAUUCUCCCCAAUCAUCAGAUACCUAGGCGACAACAUCCGCAAGCUAGGCGGCGACCUAGGGUCGCAUAAUAUUCGUUGUCGAACCUGCAAGACAGGCCAGUUGGGCGGGUUUGAUCACAAAUACGGCAUUUUGAUCUGCGCCAAUUGGGUGGAGAAACAGAAUAUGUUGGAAGAUGUGUUGGCCCACGAGAUGGUUCAUGCUUAUGACUAUUUGAGGUUUAAAACAAACUUAAGUCCGGAGGAUGAUUUGCGCCAUGCUGCUUGUUCGGAGAUCCGCGCAAGUAAUCUCAGCGGCGAGUGUCGGUGGUCCAACGAGUUUUUCCGCAACAAGAUCGUCUCUUUCACCAAUCACCACCAGGAUUGUGUGCGGCGACGGGCCAUUCUGUCCGUCAAGUCCAGGCCCAACUGUAAGGAUGACGUGCAGGCUGUCAAGGUCGUCAAUGAAGUGUGGGACAGUUGUUUUAGAGAUACGAGGCCUUUUGAUGAGAUUUAUCGAUGACCUACUACCGGCUUGAAGAACAUCCUUUUGUUCAUUUCCAGGGGACGGCUUAGAUUGCUUUUGGGUCAUUUCUAGCGAAGGUGUUGGGGGCGCAAGGAAAGCAAAAAACAAGACAUAUGUGGACGACGGUAUGAUUUAUAUACCUUUUCAAAACCGAACGAAUCAAAAACUCCAUUCCAAUCCCAA